AUGUCCUUCACCACGCGCUUCCAGCCGAACUGGCACGAGAGACAGGUAGCUGCUCGCACUGAUAUUGAGUCUGGAAACUUGCGAGCAUGUUCUUGGUCACUCUCGGCUCCGAGGGAAGUAAUGGACUUGGUCCGCAGCACCUCCGCUUCACGGGUUCGGUCGGUGAUGGGCGAUGCCACCUUCAUAUUGUUCCCCAAAUUCCCCACCGAAUUACGAGGAAUGAUCUGGCAUUAUUCUCUAUCUUCUCAGCUUGUUGAGUUAUUCUGGGAUGAAAGCAUCGGAGUGUGCAAGUCUUCCUGUCCGCCGCCGGCCGCACUCUCGGUGAACAAGGAGUCAAGAGAGGUUGCUCUCGAGUGCUACAAGCUUUGUUUUGGAACUUCGGUGGCACCAGCAAAGAUCUAUUUUGAUAUGACAGUUGAUGAGUUGUAUCUCGGGAUUGGCAACAUUGUUGCAUCGAGUGACGGCCUACUUGACGGCGUUUUGAGCGCUCUUGCUCCAGAAGAUGUCUCUCAAAUCAGACACCUCAUUAUUGACAGCGAUAUAUUGCAAGAUAACCCUCUACCUAGUACAGGCAUCCAAGGCUUGGCUGAUAGUCUUCAGUCCAUCACCAUAAUUAAACCGGAAUCUCGUGGGGACUUUGUCUCGGAGCUGGUAAACACCAAACCUGUUGAACAUGACGUUUGGUUAUUUGGUGAGGAUGGAAGGACGCGGCGGUGGCCAGACAGGACUAUUAAAGAAGGGAGAGAGCAGACUUGGGAAGUUAAGGAUGAAUUUACUUCUGAAGAGUUUGAAAAGCUGAUGGUUGGACCGAACGGCUUCCGGACACUGCCAAGGUUCGUGACGCAAGAGAGGCUGAAGCAGGAUGAAAGAUGGGCCAAGCGAAUGGAUUUCCUUCAAAAGACUGUACUUUGGGUUAACGGUUGCCUCUAUGCCAGGGACGGCUUGAUCGAGAAGCUUAUCGCCAUGGAAGACCUAGACACCGCCAUAUACACAAAACUCUCACUCUUGGUCAGUGGGAGAAGUGAAUGGGUUUUGGACCCACUGUUGGUCUACGCCUAUCAAACCACAUGCGUCUGCCCCGUUGGCCACAUGAAGAAAGAUCAAGUUCCAGACUGGUACCCAGACGUUUCCGGAGUGGAUUUAAGAUCUCUUCUGAAGAAAGUAGAGGGCACAGGUUCUUCAUGA